CAAUGCCGUCCCCAAAGUAGCGACGUUUCUGCCUGAAAUCGGACGCGGAGGGUGCACCUUUGCGCAGAGACCUGGGUUUAAUGCCGAGAGGCUCCUCUGGGUGCACAAAGACAGCGGCUCGCAGACGAACUUGUUCAGAGUGAACCGGGGACGCUGGGUAGGCGAGAUAAACAACCUUCCGGAACUCGAAGUAGCCCGCGACCGCGUAGCUUAACCUCUUCAAACACACGAUCGUCCGACGUUCACGAGGUUGCGGGAGUGUGCCGGGGGGGUAGCGCGUGCUGCAGCGGGCCGCUCUUGGCAACAUGGUGAAGGUCCAGAAGUCCACUCGGAGGAAGAGCUCCCACUGUCUCCGCAGACUGGAGAGUACCGGCCAGACUGAGAUGGAGGAAAGCCCGCCCCGGUCGGACAGCCAGCAUCCGGCAAAGGAGGAGCCCCGAGGGGAAGACCAGUCCGCUGACCGAGCCCAGCCCCAGACCUCGGCCCCGGUCGAGCCACUGCCGGAGAGCGCGGACCAGAACGAGACCCCGAUGGAGGUCCAGGAGAAGGGCGACGCCGCGGCCCAGCUACAGGCCAAACCCCUGUGGAAGCCCAUCCCGCCUCUGAUGCCCGAGGCGAACGGGAGCAGUACCGCCAAGACCCGGGACCAGAUCUGCCAGACCGAGGAGUGGCUUCAGCACACCGGCUCCGGUCAUAACACAGGUCUCUGUGUGGAGCCCGGAGAUCCUCCUCUGCUCCAGCAGCCUCUGCAGACCUCCAAAUCCGGGAUCCAGCAGAUAAUCGAAUGCUUCCGCUCAGGCACCAGCCAGCUGAAACACAUGCUGCUGAGGGAGGUGGACACCAUCUUUGAGUGCAAACUGUGUCGCAGUCUGUUCAGAGGCCUGCCCAACCUCAUCACGCACAGGGAGUACUACUGCCUACCCCGGCUGCCCGAACCCGACGGUUCAUCGGGUGAUGACAGACAUAGUGUGGUCAUGAAGGAGUUAUCGGAGGUAUAUCCCAGAGUGCCAGACUACGUGGUCCGACUGGAGCCCAUUCGGACUACGAACAAGGCCGUGUUCCAGUACCUCGCCACGGAGGAGGAGCUGGCCAGGUUCCCGUCGCACACGCCCAGUGCCAGAGAGAGUCCAGUGGCAUGGGACGGGGAAUCGCUGGAGGGCGGCGACAGCAACCAGCCGAGUCAGCUCGGGGUGCCGGAGAGCCACUGCAGCCCGGGGCAGAAGAGGUGGGAGGCCGAGGAGGAAGCGGCGGCGAAAGAGGAGCCGCCGAAGCCCGAGGACGAGGGCUCCACUAGCGGGGUUGAGGACGUGACCAUAUCCUGCUGUCUGUGCGGUCUGGAAUUCAACUCGCGGCGCAGCAUCAGACGCCACUGUCGCAAAGUGCACCAGAACAAGCUGGAGGAGCUGAGGAAGUUCACGGAGACGCGCACGGUUCCGACCAGCCUGCUGUCUAUGGUGAAAGGAGGUCGUCCGAGGACACUCAGCACGCCCACGGGAAAAUCCUGCCCAGUGUGUUUCAAAAGCUUCGCCACUAAAGCAAACGUGCGUCGCCAUUUCGACGAGGUGCACCGCGGCCUACGGAGGGACGCCAUCACACCCAGCAUUGCUUCGCGCCCCGGCCAGCCUUUCUCCCUGGAGGUCACGCCCCCCCGGAAGAGCAACGCCUCCUCUCCAACGCGCAGCGGCAGCUCCAAGUCCACGCCGGUGAUCUCCAGAGCGACGCCUACCGACCACAGCCAGUCCAAACCUCAGAGUCAGGCGCCUGCCACGCCGGCGGCGCCCCCGCCCUCGAGCCGCUGCGCGCUCUGCAAGAGGACGUACAGCUCUCAGCUCAUGUUGAAGAGGCACAUGCGUAUCGUCCACAAAAUAUACAGCGCCAAAAGUAACAAGUCCGCGCCCACGCCGCCCCCCUCGGCUCCAGCAGCCGCCCCCAACAGCAUCGCCGCCAACGUGGGCCCAGGCAACAAUGUCCGGGUUAAAGAAGAGGCGGUGAAAGAGGAGGCGGAGAAACCUUCGGACGAAGAAGACGACUUCGACAGCAGUCCCGCCCCGUCCCCCGCCCAGAGCGCCGCGUUGGCCAAAGGCGUUUCCAUGGCACCCAACGCCAUGAAGGUGAAGGAAGCGGAGGCCCCGUCGAGCCCAAAGACCACGCCGUCGUUGUUGUCGUCGUCGACGUCGUCGUCGUCCACAUCGCGCGGCGCCGGCAGCCUCCCCAAAACCACCAAACUGUCGGUGGGCUUUGACUUCAAGCAGCUCUUCUGCAAGCUGUGCAAGCGGCAGUUCAGCUCGCGGCAGAACCUCACGAAGCACAUCGAGCUGCACACGGACGGCAACGACAUCUUCAUCAAGUUCUACCGCUGCCCCCUCUGCCGCUACGAGUCGCGGCGCAAGCGCGACGUCCUGCGCCACGUCACGGUGGUCCACAAGAAGACCUCGGCGUACCUCGGGAAGAUCAUGCCCAAGCUGGAGAGCCGCGCGGUGAAGCGGCUCGCCGAGGCCGUCCUCAACAGCACGUCCCCGAACAAGAGGCCGAGCGGCGCCGUCAAGGAGGAGGUGAACGGGCGCCACGUGUCCUCGUCCUCCUCGUCCUCGUCCCCCUCGCCGCCCGUCACUCGCAAGCAGGACGGCUCCACGGCCGCCGCGACCACCUCGUCGUCGUCGUCCUCCUCUUCUUCCUCCUCUUCCUCCUCCUCCGCCUCCUCUGUCCAGCCGCCGGCGCCCGUCACCAGGAAGCAGCAGGAGCUGUCCCUGCAGGCGGCGUCCCCUCCCGUCACCCGAAAGCAGGAGCGGCAGCAGACCCUGCAGCCUCGUCCCAUCAGCCCCCCGCUGACCCGCCGCAGUGAGAAACACACACAACAGCGCAACUCCUCCUCCGCCUCGCCUCAGACCCCAAACACUCGGCGGCACGACGCCCCGUCGGAGAGCAGCGGCGCGGCGUCCUCCACCGAGGUCAGAGUGACCAAGAACUUCUCCCUCCACGCCUGCGACCAGUGUGGACGGGCCUUUGCCAAGAAGCUGUACCUGGAGUCUCACAAGCGCAGUCAUCGCAACGCGGUGACGGCGGCCGCCAGCAGAAGGAAAGGAGUCAGCACCCGCUCAAAGUCCCUGGUCUGGUGAAACGCCCACUGCCGCUUGGAGACGACGGGCCAGCGAGCCUCCAGUGAUGAAGAAGCCAAUCAAAACUUCAAAUCGGGAAAAUAACGGAUGGCUGGAGCGAGCGAGCACAGAACAGAGAUGAAAGGAGCAAAUAAAAGGAUUACGAUACAGGAAUGAAGUUCAAAGGAGUUCCACCUUUUGCUCACGAGGCAAAUCUAUAGUUGGUUUCAUGAAGUUUUUUUUUCUUUUUUUGUAUAGUUCAUUAUGAAGCCAGCCAGCUAGCUGGACGGCGGCGCUGCUAUCCACAGAGAGACUUUAGCUAGAAGAAGAUUCCCUGCUACUGUAUAAAGUAUAUUUACCUACAACGCCAUGUAUAUAGAUCCGAAGGCAGAUGGCUGAUUUGUACUGCUUUGCUCGUGGCAGCAAGGGAUGAAGGCAGAGUGUGUGUGUGUGUGUGUGUGUGUGUGUGUGUGUGUGUGUGUGUGUGUGUGUGUGUGUGUGUGUGUGUGUGUGUGUGUGUG